UUCAUCCCCCACCACGCCUCUUGGUUCAGUUCAGAGGGUUUUUUGUUUCAGUUUUUCAGACCCAAAACAAAUAAAGUUCAGUUUUUUUUUUUUUUUCAGGCAUUUCUCAUAAUUUCUUUCGUUCUUUCUUCAAUGUUGCCUAAAAACAGUUGUAAUUUUUUCUUGAAAAUGAAAAGAAACAGAUGGCUUGGAACCUAGAAUUGUGAGACGUGUGAUCUCAUUAGUAGUGGUGGUGGUGGCUCUUGCUUAUCUUUGCUUUUCCAUGUGCUUAGCUGGUUGUUUAUUCUUCUUCACUUGGCCACCUUUUUUCCUUUACUUUCUUUUUGGUGGUUCCCCAUUUGACCUUUCAGUCUUCUUUGUGUUUAAAGUGUGCGGUUGGGACAACAAGCUCAAAGUUUGAGGAGUAAGAACAGUGUUAAAUGCAUUGCAAAUAAGCUGCUUGCUUCUUCUUGGAUCCAAUUCCUAAGGUUUCUUGCAAGAUAAGAAUUGGACAGUUAUAUAAGGCUGUCUACCACCAAGUCUAUAUAAUUCGGUUUGAAGCAAAAUAUAGGGAAAAACUUAGCUGCCAUUAAUGUGUGGUAUUUAAUUGGGGUCAGCAGAUGGAUGAUAAGUUAGUAGAUGCUCAGAAAGAUCACCAGGGACAAGACGAUUCAUUGCAUAGAUUGAGCAAGGAGCGGGAAUUGUCAAGAAAUGGUACUUUAAAAUCCUCUGGGUCAAAAUUGAAAAGGUUAGUCACAUGGUCAAAUCCACAGCAUGCCCUAAUUUCAAAUGUUAAGUGUUCACAAAUUAGUAAAUGUUGCACAAAAAGUUCAUUGUUUCCAAGUGCUCUGGGCUUGGACAGAAGGAUUCCAAAACAUAUACUGAGCUUAGAUGAAAAAUUUCGUCGUCGUUGCAUGGAAUUGAUUCAUAUUAGUGCAUCCAAAGCUACCCGAUGCAGUGCAGUUGUGAAUUUGAGCUCGACAAAGAUUGGUGCUUUGCCUGAGAGCUUGAAUGUGGCUAAAGUUAGAAGUGGAGAUACAUGUAAUUCUACUAGGUUUGUUUUAGAAUGUCCAUUGGCAGCUGGAGGUGGGAGUGUAGUGAUAGGCCCUGCAGGACAGUGGAUUGUAGGUACAGUUAUGGGGAGCAAGAGCAUGGUGAAUAUAUUAAAGAGCCCUUUGUUCCACCAAUUCGGUCCCCUCGGUAGCAAUACAGACUUGACAAGAAUUAAUACAAAUGAUGUGAAAGGCUCAAUAUGCUAUGAUUUUACAGAAUCUCCUGGUGGAUUAAGUUUCUCUUCUUCACCGGUGCUAGAAAAGGAAACACCAAAUAAGGGAAGCCAUAAAAAUGGAUCUGAUACUGGCCACAAAAGGUUUGUUUCUCUGUGUAGUACAAACUCUGUGUGUUCUGAUCAAUCUUCUGCUUCUGCUCUCGCCACUGUUUCUCAAGGAAUGCUUCAAUGCACAUGGAAGGGAGGGAAUCCUCAUUUUGUUUUCUCCACAGAUCAAAAAAGGGAGGUCUAUGUAGCCAACUUGUGGAAGGUUGAGUCUGAAGAAGAUAAGACUCUGGACUAUGUAUACUUGUUCCAUUCAGGAAAGGGUGGGCAAAAGGACCAUGAAAUUCGAGAUGGUGAGUCACAGCUCGUUGGUAAGAUGAAAGUGAAUAAUUUGGUCUCGCUCUGCUCAAACAAUUCAAAGAUCAUGGAGACUGAGUUUGUUUUGUUUGGUGGUGGUAUUGAGAUGCAUACUUCUAGCCAUAAUCUCAGGAAGAGUAAGGGGUUAUCAAAGAAGGUGGCAGAAGUAUUCAGGUCAGGUCAUUCGUCCAAACAAAAAACCUCCUCCAAAUUGAGUGGACCAAUUUCGAAACUUGAAAGUUCUUCUCGGGAGUCGUGCCUAGAUACAGGCAACAAUCAAGAUGCUCUAGGUCUGCCCAAUUUAUUAGAAGAUCAUCUCCCUCCAAAUUUUGAAUUGGCUGCCAUUGUUGUCAAAGACCAUCUCCCUGAUGAUCGUAAGGAGGAGGCUGGAGGUUGGGGUUUGAAAUUUUUAAAGAAAGUUGGAGUCAAGAAAACUGCUACUGUGGAAGCCUCAGUACCUAUCGAAUGUUGUCGAAAUAAUGGUGAUUGCUCUACCAGUAUGGAUGUUCUAAUCCCAGCAGGUCUUCAUGGUGGGCCAAGAACCAGAAAUGGUGGUGUUUCAAGUCUUACUGAAAGAUGGAGAUCUGGUGGACAUUGUGACUGUGGAGGUUGGGAUCUGGGGUGCCCACUCACAGUACUUCAAACCAAAUCAAGCAAAGAAGACAUUUUCCCUCAAUCGGACACUCAGGGCGAGUGCAAGUCAUUUGAUUUAAAUCGAAAGGGUUCAGAACAUGGCCCUCCCACAUUCAGGAUGUUGAAUGUCCACGAUGGUUUAUAUUUUGUUCAUUUUCAACCAACUAUGUCCAUUCUGCAGUCCUUCUCAAUUGCAGUAGCAAUUAUCCAUACACAGAGUCCCACUCUCCGACCAAAAUGUACAGGAGUUUUAAGUACCAAAAUCCAGGGUUGAAAUUUGUGUAGUAGUUGUAACUCUCAUACUGUAUACAGCAGUGGGCAACUUAAAUUAUAUAUGUAUGUAUACAUUGGAAUCCAGAUGUUUUCUGUUGUGUUUUAUGGUUUACUUCAGUUACCCUGAUACAGUGAUAUCAGACAGUUUUCUGAUUCUAGGUUAGUUUGUAUUGGUUGGGAUUUAGUCCCUUGAUUCUUAGGCCAGAAACGCUUGUAAUCUGCUCAUUAGUAUUGAAUGUACGAGAUUUUGAUAUAAUUAAAUUGAUAGCAAA